UGGCAGCCUAUGGCAACUGGAUGUUGUUGUCAGGGCGAAGGUGAGGGGAAAUAUCAGUGUGGCUGGGACAGUGACAGAGGGAAGUAGUGCCAGUGAUCUGUAACUUUCUCUAUAACAUGUAUAUAACAAGAGUCAGUCUAACACCUCUCACUAUCUUAAAUAUCCCACAUCUCUCCCACAUUCAUGUAUAAACUCGCUGCUGCAGCUGGAAAAUCACAGGAGCUCUGAGAAGUACACAGGAAUUUGUAGUACAGAACGGACUGCCUUGCAAUAGGCAUGAAAUUGGGAAGAUUUAAUAUUUUUUUAAAGAGGUAGUUGAGGCCAGCGUUGUUCAGUGGUACACUGCAGGGUGGGUGUGGUGGUGCUACUGGUGGUGCUACUGGUGGUGCUCCGUGCUACCGCUGGUGCUACCAGGCCAGUCAUCAUGCUGCUACUGAUGCUGGUAGCUUCCAUGUGCCCAGCUCUUCAAGAACUGAAGGCAGUGAGCUUUGAUCCAAGGAAGAUGGGAAGGGCUUACUUCACUUCCUAAAAUCAAGAGCCCUUGGAGGAUCGACUGAGGCGAAGAGAGGACUGGUGAAGGCUCGAUUCUCCUUGACAAGUAAAAUUCGAAACUAUGGGCGAAACAUCACCCCAGAAACCUUCUUUUACUUAAUCGUUUAAGACUCGUUAGCGAUACAGUACGGUUUAAAAAGGAACAAGACUCAUUUAAAGGAUCUUUCGUUUCACAAGUACCUUCAUCAGGAGCAAAAAAAUCUAAAUUUAUUCUUUAAGUUGUUAGAAAACAAAUUAAUCGGACCACUUAGUAGGAUUUGUUAUGGACGGUUAAUUUACAGUGUAAACAGUGAUCAUUAUGGACUGCUUAGAGUGAACUAUCUUUAAUAGUCCACUUGUGUGCUUAAAGGAUCAGGUAGUUAUCAUAUGUUGAGUGAUCCAGAACUAUGGUCUACAUAUGUAGGGUGAUACAAAAUUGUGAUCAGCAUAUGUAGUGUGAUACAAAAUUGUGAUCAGCAUAUGUAGGGUGAUCCAAAAUUGUGAUCAACAUAUGUAGGGUGAUCCAAAACUCCGAUCAACAUAUGUAGGGUGAUCCAAAGCUGUAAUCAACAUAUGCUAUGACCAUCACAGUGGCUCAGAUCACCAGCUGGGUUCAAGGUCUUCAACCUUCUGUCAGUUCACUCGACACCUGACACGCGGGAUCAGAGGCCUAAUUGAGCCUAACAAGGCCUAACAAGAUGAGUUAUGAGGAGAGAAGAUGUGGUUGCAUGUGGGAGAAUCUCCCAUACUGUACUCGAGGACUGGGAGUAGCUACUGCAGUGGUGUUGUGGGGCGUUGGUGUGGACAUGGUGUACCAUCAUCACCUGCUGGGUGUAUAUAUACUAGUGUUCGCCCUCACACUCUUCUUCCUAGAGAUCACCUGGGCAGUCACACUCUUUCUCAGAGUGUGUAUAAGGAACGAAUCAAGCCGAGUGUUGGGUUGCUGGUCUUUGGUGUUGUGGCUGGACACAUGGAAGAAAUGUAUCAUAUACUGGUCAGUGGCCGCUGCUGUGUUGCUGCGACCACACACACUGUGGUUGACCUCUGUAUCAGGAGGACUCCUGCUGCUUCUGGGAGUCCUGCACCUGCUGUUACUCUGCAAGAAGAAGUUUGAGUCCAAGGAACCGUUGCUCGAUGUUAAGGAAGAUUCUUACGACAGAUUUGAAGAGGAAAUGGAUGCUGGUGCCCCUGAAGCGUCCACUGCCCACACCGACUCAGACACUGGUUCUACCCACGAGUAUAUUCUCCAGGUGUAGCCUGAGUUCGGCAGGUUCAGGCAACAAGAGGACCUGCAGAGAGUGCAGACAGUGCCAAACUUCACGAUUUCAACCGAUGUAAGAUGGAAGGUUCGUGAUGAUGGGAGAAGAGAAAAAGAGAGAUUACCGGACACGGAGUAUAGUCCGGAAGCCAGGCUAAGACGAAUCUCAAAAAAAAUAUACUCACUGUUGAACGCAAAACCCACAGGCGUCAUGGAACACCUGGGGUUUCAAGUCUCUCACUGAAUGUACACUGAGAGAAACACGCCUCUCAGUGUACAGUAUAUACACUAUAUACCAGUGUUGCAACACUCGUUUAAGAGGUGUUUCAUUAA